AGAUCUGUAUAAUUGAUUAUACUGUUUAUAUAAAUAUCUGUAAAUGGAAUAUCGUAUUAAAGUAGAUAAACAGCACUAACGAAAAAGGUUUGCAAAAUUACCUACCUACAUGUACACUUCGUCACAUGCUUCUUCAUUCACCGCGUUGUCAACUUCGAGCAUAGAGAAUUCCCUUGCUUCAAAAUGCAAGCAUCGGAUCUGCUCGCCUACGCCACCGAUAUCAGUCCGGCGGCAUGCUGUCAACUCUUCUACGUCCUUGCGGCCGCAACUGUGUUGGCUAUCGCGGCAACUCCCGACUCGGUACAAAGCUUGCUCACCCAGUACGGCGCUCGAAGUUCAGUCGGGAAUGGUAAAGACGAGAGAGCCGGGAAUGGGUUUCUCAUCGGCGCCAUUAGCCGGCUGACGUCCGUUGGCAAAGUCCCUCACUCAUGGUUCAUUCACUUCUACAUUCUUUCAAUAUCAUGCUCCAUCUUCUGGGCAGUCCAGUUUCUCCAGCAUGGAUCGAUCAUGGAAUUCAUCGUUAGGAAUCAAGCUUCGAGCGAGGAGUCGUCAAUGGCGAUCAGCCAGGUUAUCCUUGCGUGGUUCUUGAUGAGCUUUCAAGGUGCUAGACGUCUUUAUGAAAACGUAGCCAUCCUCCGACCUUCAUCAUCUAAAAUGUGGGUUAUUCAUUGGUUGUUGGGAGCUGCGUUUUACUUCUGCACAAGCAUUGCCGUUUGGAUUGAGGGAUCUAGGUCAAUCCAGUCCUUCGAGAGGUCUUUUCAUAACGAGACACCAUCCUUUAAAACGGUAAUUGGUGUCUCGAUGUUCCUCGCCUCGUGGUUUAUGCAAUACAGAUGCCAUAGCUAUCUAUCUCGACUGAAAAAGUAUUCGCUACCAGAGGACGGUCUGUUCCGAUACUUGGUAUGCCCGCAUUAUACAUGCGAAUGCACACUAUAUCUUUCUCUAGCAAUAGUUGCAGCGCCCAAGGACCAGUUGUACAACAGGACACUGAUGUGCGCUGUGUUGUUUGUCGCGGUUAAUCUUGGUGUCACCGCCAAAGGCACAAAAAAAUGGUAUGGUGAAAUGUUCGGUCUCGAAAAGGUGCAAGGAAAAUGGAGAAUGAUACCCGGUGUAUUUUAAACAUCGAGUAUGCUUGAGUAUCACUUUUUCUGGAACAGUCCAAGCUUGCCUCCGAUCUUCGACACUUUCAUCACGUCUCGAUAUGUAAGGCUGGUACGGGUCUUCCGUAUGUUACAGCCGUCUGCAAAAUCGUCGGGCGAACGGAGAAGUUCCCAAUUAGCAAUCGUGCCCCUCGAAAGCUCAACAUCCUCUGUAAUAUCUUCGAUACCGUGUAGGAACUCCGUGUACAGGUCAGAGGUGGUAAUG